AUGGCGUGCAGUCGCAGACAAAGAUCUAUGUUUGAAAACCAGAUCAACGCUAUGUUGCUUACCAGUAGUUCUUCGUCUGGUGAAUCUUUGAACUCCUCUGACAUAGAUUACCAACCUUACAAUGAUGGAAGGUCGUCCUCGGAGGAGACACAUGACUCCAGGUCUACUAUGUCCUGUGGCACCUCACGCCCAGCGAAACGGGCACGUAGCACAGCACAGUCAACUUGGAAUAAUUCAACAAGUGAGUGUGUGACAACUUUGUCCAGUACCAUCAAGCGCCGCCACAGCGGACUGGAUGAUUGCGAGAUACGUCAAGAACUAUCAGAUUCGAGUGCUGUAGUGUGCGAUUCUGGUGACAGUGGUGAUGAAGGCAGUGAUUAUGAGCCAAGUGAUCAUGAUGAUAGUGUGGAGUUGGAGGAUGUGGUGGGGAUAAGUGAAGAAAGUGAUAGUGGUGGCGAGGAGGCAGGAAGCAGGGCACGUGGAGGACGGCGUGUGCCCGCAUCUCGCUCAUGGCCAAGGCAAGGGACAAUGGAUGCGCUUGUCUGGUCUGAUGGCAGUAAUUUCCAGCCUGACAGUCCUGAUUUCAGACAAUCAUCAGGUGGAAUUACUCCUGAAUUUCCAUGUACGGAGGAAUCUAGUGAACUGGACUACUUUUGUGCUUUCUUUGACGGUGCAUUCAUGGAUUUUUUGUGUACUGAAACAAACAAAUUUUAUCAGUACACACAUUAUAAUGACGCCAGCCCUGACCUCUGGCCACACAUGCGACGCUGGACUGAUGUUGUUGUGUCAGAACUGUACGUGUUUUUUGCAUUACUCAUGCUAAUGGUCCACGUAAAGAAACACGUACUUCGGGAGUACUGGAUAUCUCCUGAUGACAUAACAGCAACUCCAGUGUUCAUUAAAUUCAUGGCAAGAGACCGGUUUGCCUCCAUCCUACGUUAUCUUCACUUCACAGACAACAACUACCCUGUGGUUGGUGACCAACUCUGGAAGAUAAGGACAGUAUUUACAAUGCUGAAGGAAAGAUUCAUGAAGUUCUUCAGACCCUUCCAGAAUGUAGUGGUGGAUGAGUUUCUGGUGCUUUUCAGAGGACGUUUUGCUUUUAGACAAUACAUUCCAUCCAAACGGCAUCGCUUUGGGACAAAGUUCUUCGUGCUGUGUGACUGCGAGUCUGGGUAUGUCUUAGAUCUCGUAGUUUACACAGCAAGUGACGCAGACAUACCCAGAGACGACCCACAUGGUUUCUCUGGAGCUGUCGUCAAGAAACUUAUGGACCGCUACUUUGGAGGGAAUCACGUCCUCUACACGGACAAUUACUAUACCUCUCCUGCCCUGUCCAAAUUCCUACUUGAACAUGACACUGGUUCUUGUGGAACUGUAUGCAAGAACAGGAAACACUGGCCCGUGUUUACUGGUAAACCUGCACGAGGAGAGGUCCAGCUGAAGCACGCAGACAAGAUGCUAGCAAUACGCUGGCAUGAUAAGCGUACUGUCCAGAUGAUGUCAACCAUGCACAAGGGCAAAAUGGUGGACAGUGGGAAAAGGGACAGGGCAACAGGAGAGGUAGUGAAAAAACCCGAAGCUGUCGUGGACUACAAUGUGAACAUGCGCCUCGUGGACAAGAGUGAUAUGCAGGUUGGCGCACUUGAGUGUGUAAGGAAAUGUGUCAAAUGGUAUAAGAAGAUGUUCCUACAGCUCAUGGACAUUACCAUCCUGAAUGCGUACAAAUUGUACCUUGUAAAAACCAGAAAAAAAUCAUCUCUCAGGGUUUUUCAGAAACAAGUGAUAUCUCAAAUCCUAGAAAAGUAUGGUGACGUUGUGCCUGCUGUACCACGACGCCACAGCCAAACAGGACUCCCAGACCGACUCCUUGCACUUGACUGGGUUGCUCGUCACUACCUUGACGACCUUCCGAGUGAUCCAAGUGGUCGUAAGGUGCAAAGGCGGUGUUACGUAUGCAAGAAUACCACCAAGCGCCCAUCUAAACGGAAGGACGUGACAACUUGGUGCAGGGAGUGCGAUGUGGGUCUGUGUAAACUUUGUUUUGUGGAGUACCACACAAAGAAAACCUUCUAAAACAAUGUGGAACGUGAGAAGUGCUUGUAAAUAGUAGUGUUAUAAAGAAAUGAUGAUAAAAAUAGUGUAAGUGUAGUGGAUAAGUGUAUUUGUAAGGUACAAAGUGAUUUAUUUGUGUAAAAGGUACAAAGUUGUGCGCAUUCACUCACCACUACCGUACCCAUGAGUGCAGACAGCGAGCGAGGCGUCAGGGAAACACCAUUGCCCCCCCCCCCCCUUUAUGCACCACUCCUCACUUCAUGCUCGGCCACAAGGAAGCUUCUGGAAUGUAAGUAACUACUUUUGUUUGUUUUAUUUUCAUUAUUUGUCCAUUUUAUCAUGUAUCAAAGUAAUAUUGCUAAAAGUAGUGUAGUUGUAUUGUAGUGUAGUACAGGUAUUACUGGAAAAUAAUGCUAUGAUUGUUAUAAAUGUAUUAAUUGUGGAAUUUUUAUUCCGAUAAUUAUUUUUAUGCGUUACCUUCUCUCUUAAAGCCCCAGACAGCCUGGCGACAGACUGCGUGUGUGUUGCCGAGCUUUUUUUAUGAAAAUUAAUACAAAUAAAUUAAAUUCUAAAUUAAUUAUUUAUAAGAGAUAAGUAUUAUAAUCAUUAAAUAUAUGCAUUACCUGCCAUCCCGAACACAAAGGCAAGCAGAAAAUGGCCUCUUGGCCUUAUACCCAAUUUCAAUUUCAAUAAUGCAAUUCAAUCUGUAUCUUAACCAAGACAUACUGCCAGCUUUUCUCUUGGAGUGAGGGCUUCUCUAAAGGUUGUUUUCAUUACAUAAUUCCUCUUCAAUUUUUGACAAAAUCAUCUCAAAACUGCCAAUGUUCAUACGAAAGUACUGAAAGAAUUUACUUUCAUCAUCAAUCAAAUGAGGAUAGAGUAUGAAAUUCCUCUCACUCUUCCUAUCUUACAUCGAAUGAAACCAAAAUAUCUUCCCUUUCCAAUUUUGCUCUUUUUCUUUCUUCUUCCUCUUCGUCCAAUGUAAUUGCGAUCAUUGCCAACUCUGAUGAAGAGAAUUCACACAUCUUCCCUCAACAAUGGUCUGGCCACAACUGAGGGACACGGGAUGGCCCAUGACUGGAGUGAGAUCCUCCCUUGAAUAGACCGUGCAUGUGAAUACCCUAGGACCGUGACCGUCCUUAUAGUGUGAAUAGAGCCUUGAUGUUUGUUGUUAUACAGUAUUUGGAAUAGGCCUACAUAAAUUUUGUUUAUGUGAUACACAGAUAAGGGUUAAGUUUGUGAAAUCAUUGGAAUCACAUGAUAAUUAUAUGUUUUUCAUCAAUAAAUUUCUUACAAUCACGGUCCAGGGUUUUAGAAAUCUCUUCCCAGCAGUAGUCCUUCCAUGACACGUCCCUGUAACUUUCUGAAGCCAUGUCAUAUAUAAGCAUGGAUAUUUCCUUACUUAUUCAAUAAACUGCUCCAUUCUUCCAUGUAAGCAGGGCACUCGCUGUUAUAUCCCUCACCUGUCAGUCCCACAAUGGCAAAUGCAACUGGCAGACUGUGGCAGCAAACUCCCAAAACGCUCAUGAGCGCAUGCUUGAUGGAAGCCACGUCGAGAAAAAUUGCGGAGGCGGCAAUCUGGGAAGGUAGUCGCAGGCUCUUCCACGUUGAGCAGCCAGCCAGACGACCAGAGGUAGAAUCAGCUGACAAUCUAG